AUGUCAGCUCUUGGCAGUCCACCACCUAGCUUGCGGAUAGCCGCAAGGGUCAGGCCAGUUCAAAUCAAGUUGGAGUGUACUGCCAAAUACGGUGGGCGUUCUAAGGACACGGAGCGAGGGCAAGAUGUAUAG